AUGUCGAACCGUGCCUUGAUUCGCCAUGAGUCCCAGCCUCUCCGCGAUGGGGCCACUGACGCGUCCGACAAUGACGACGACGCGACUGGCCGCGGCGUGGGGACGUGGUUCCCGUGCUGGGCCGGUGGCCGCCGGAGGGCACUGGUGCUGGGCAUCGGCGGCCUGGCACUGCUCGCGCUGCUCGCGCUUGCGGCCAGGGUGCUCUCAAGGCCGGAGAAUGGAACGAGCUUGCAGGUCUUCUCGACCUUCGGAGGCUUCCUGUGCACGGCCACGCCCACGUUCUAUCAGCAAGUGCCGGUGGUGGCAGGGAGCUUCUCCUUUGACACAGAGGUGGACUUUAAUGUCGGUUGCCAACUGGUGCCUCUUCCAGAGGAUCCAAUCGAUUCUAGAGUGGAAGUGACUGGGAAGUUUUUUGUCGCUGACACCCUCGAGGUCUUCGCGAACACACUCGACACAGAUCCGGCUUGGAGGAUCACGCUCACUGGUUGGGGUGCCAUUACCCGGCGGCUUGCAUACGCUGAGCCGGGCGUUGAGCGCGGUUCCCGGCGGUUGCAAAGCGUCUUUCGUUGCCCAGAUGGGUGUGAAAUACCAAUUCAAUACGUGAACGAUGACUUUUGCGAUUGCUCGAGUUGUGCUGACGAAGUGGAUUGGACCUGUGGUACUUGUGGAGCUUCCGCCGAGCAGGAGGAAGAGACCGCCGAGGAGAAGGAAGAGACCGCCGUAGGCGUCGGCGUGGGUGUGGGCGUCAGCACUGGCUUAGCCCUGGGCAUUGGCUUGGGCGUUGGCCUGGGCACCGGCAUCGGCGCCGGCACGGGCACUGCUGGCACGGGCGCGGCUGGAGCGGCUGGAGUGGCGGGUGUGGCGGCUUUGGCAGCGCAAGGGCUUUUGAGGCUUCAAACGCAAAAUACCGCCACAUUGCAAGACCCCAACGUCGUGAAUGCGCUCAAGGACACCAUCGCGCGACUGUCUGGGAGUGGAAUUGCUGCAGCGAUGGUGGAGCUCAUCAUCAACUGUGCCAAUGCAGGGGCUACUUCGGACAUGUCUGCGGUGCCGGCUGUGACUCUGCCUAGUGGGACGGGGCAGCCAUCGCUUCGGCAGGCGAUGGAGAGGCCCGGACCAUCGGCCACACCGAUGCUGCGGGUGGCACGGAGACUGCAAGCGAUGGUGGGGGUGUGCUUUCAGGUGCAAGUGGAAGACAGCUCAGCAGAGGAGGUGUGCCAAACCCUGAGCAGCUAUGACACGAACACCGUGCAGACCGUGCUCUCCUCCGAACUGCUGGAAGCUGGCGUCAAUCCGGAGGAGGUGUCAGUGGUAGGCUAUGAUGCAACACCCAAUCCUCGCUCUUACAAUCCUUUAGAAGGCAUGGUGGCGUUCACUUUCUCCAUUCUGGUGGAACGCGCCGCGCGGGCCCGCGCCGCUCCGCUCCGCUGGGCUCUGUGCGCACUCACGCUGGCCACGUUCGUGCUCUUCGGAUGGCUCUCGAUCUCAACUCCAGAUGCCAAGAUCCCCAUGCAGGUGCAGCCGCUGCAGUUGCAAGAAGUAUCAGGAUGUCCAGCUGUGUGCGGAGACACUGUACAAUGUGCCAGCUCGGCGGUGAAACCCCUCAUACCCACUACAACCACGACCACGACCACGACCACGACCACGACGACCACCACGACCACGACCACCCUUGGACCACAGCAGGACGUGUUCUUUCUCGAUGGUGGCGAUGAGCCUGGGGUGCUCACAUGGCUCAUGAACACGCAGAGUUUGAGUCCUACCAUUCUGAGCUGGACGAUUGAGUAUGAAGCACAGGUCUUCAACUCCGUUGGCUUCGGAUUUGCGGCUUCGAGCAUUCCUUCGUAUGCCCAAAACCCGGUGGUUGACGGCACCUUCACCUUUGACACAAAGAUCGGUUUCAACAUCGGUUUCGAUCUCUUUCCUCCUCCGAGCAGUUCCAGAGUGGAAAUUUCUGGGACGUACUUUGUCGAUGACACGGUCCUGGCCUUUCCCAGCCUCGGGGCCUUUGAUCCGGCGUGGCGGAUCACGCUGACCAAUUGGACGGUGAUCCCAGGGCGACGGUUGACGGAUCAGGACAGCUGGUCCGACGAGGCCAACGCGACGGAUGAGCCGCGGAGGGUCGACGGAGACCACGAAGACCAGCGGAGACCAGCGGCCGUUCCGCGGGGUCCGAGCGGUGCGUGGGAUGCGGCGUUGGACCGGCAGUUGCAAGAAGUCUUUCGUUGCCCAGAUGGAUGCGAAAUCCCGAUUCAGUUCGUGAAUGAUGACUUCUGCGACUGCACGAAUUGCGCCGACGAACUCGAUUGGACCUGUGGCACGUGUGGCGCCCAACAGGAGGAGGAUGUCGCUGUAGGUGUGGGUGUCGGCGUGGGCGUCGGCACCGGCCUGGCGUUGGGCCUCGGCCUCGGCGUCGGUCUGGGCACCGGCCUCGGUGCUGGCGCCGGCGCGAGCGCGGGCGCUGCCACCGCGGGCGCUGCCACCGCGGGCGCUGCCACCGCGGGCGCUGCGAGCGCGGGUUCUGCGAGCGCGGGCGCUUCGGGCGCGACUGGACUGGUGGGCUUGGUGGCUUUGGCGGCGCAAGGACUCUUGAGGCUUCGCAUCAAAGACGCGACCACCUUGCAAGACCCCAAGUUCGUCCAGGCUCUCAAGGACACCAUCGCGCGGUUGUCAGGGAGUGGAGUUGCUGCAGCGAUGGUGGAGCUCAUCAUCAACUGUGUCAAUGCAGGUGCUCCUUCGGACAUGCCUUCAAUGCCAGCCAUGACUCUGCCGUACGACGGAGAUGGCCAGACCCGCCCAAAGGCGCAGACCCGGCGGUUGCUGCGUCCGGCGUUCUGGCGGCUGGCACGGAGACUGCAAGCCACGGUGGGGGUGUGCUUUCAGGUGCAGGUGGAGGACAACUCGGCCAAGGAGGUGUGCCAAACCUUGAGCACCUACAACUCGGAAAUCGUCCAGCAAGUUCUGUCCUCCGAACUCCUCGGGGCUGGCAUCAAUCCGGCGGACGUCACGGUGGUGGGCUACGAUGCAACGCCCAAUCCGCGCUCCUACAAUCCUUUGCAAGAUGAUGAUGCGAGCUUCUUUGCUCCUGCCUCCGGCGUUAGCCUCGGGAGACUUUGA